CACCUCCUCAAGAGGAAGCGUAAGAAACCUCUGACGAUGGAGACAUCUCUGGCCGGCACCCUCGUCACUCUGCUGCUCCUCACACCACAAGGUCUGUCCAGGGGCUACAGCGACCAAUACAGCUACAGCGACUACGACACCGGCAGGGACGGCUACUACAGCGCCUUCAGUGGCAGGGAGGAGGAGGAGGUGCCCACCUUCCUGGCGCGCCCUCAGAGCUUCACGGUGGAGGUGGGCCAGUCUGUCAUCAUCCCCUGUGACGCUGAGAGAACCGGCACCAACAAGCUUAUUAUCAAAAAAAUCCCUCCCAACGGCGGAAAGGAGAAGUUGAUAUGGGUUGGGAGCGAGAGAGUGACACAGGACCACCGCAUCACCGUGGACGGCUUCCGUCUCAACCUUUCCAACGUCCAGCCCCGAGACGCCGGCACCUUCCUCUGCAUGUUCGAGAUGGAGCAGCCUGUGCAGCUAAGACACACCCUGAACGUCCAGUUCGCCCCCACCAUCAGGUCCCUGGCCCCGCCUGAGCAACACGUCACCAAGGGCACCACCGUCACCCUCGAGUGUGAGGCUCAGGGCAACCCACAGCCCAUCAUCCGCUGGUCCCGUCAGGAGGGUCCUCUACCCUCCGGUCACCGUACACAACAGGGGCGCUCACUGCGCCUGGAGGGGCUGGACCUGGGCAUGGACGGCACCUACCUCUGCAGCGCCGACAACGGCAUCGGGGAGGCGGCCUCCACCGCCAUGACCAUCACUGUGGAGUACCCGCCGGAGGUCACGGCUGAGAAGGGGAUCGUACGAAGUGGAGAGGGUGACCGGGUGGAGCUGGCGUGUGUGGUGAGAGGUCAGCCGGUCCCGGACGUGUUCUGGACGCGUGACGGCCACCCGCUGCCCUACACCAACAUGGACACCAAGUUCCACCUGCUGGGACACCACAACAGAUCGCAAGACUUCCACACCGCCCACCUCAGCCUCGCCCACGCCGCCCACAGACAUGUCCUCGUCGUGGACCGAGUCACUGAGAAGGAUUUCGGGGCGUACAUUUGUAUAGCCAGGAACACUCACGGACAGAAAGAAGCGGUGAUACAGAUGACAGGGCUGCCCAAGCCGCCCCAGGUCACCAGCAGCCCCAACGGUGGUGAGGGCACCAGGUACACUCUCACCUGGCAGACUGAGAGCUACUACCCCAUCACCGAGUUCCUCAUCAAGUACCGCAAGACCCAUCUAGGGCCCUGGCAGGCCAACGGGACCAUGGUGAUGCCAGGAGCGUGGGAGACCAUCACCGGGGCUGUGGACUCCGGGAAGCUGCUCCCCCACACGCGACACGCGCUGGCGUACACGGUGAUGGGGCUGGAGGUGGCCACGGACUACGAGGCCAUCAUCAGAGUCAGGAACAAGUACGGGUGGUCGGCGCCCUCCCCACACUUCUCCUUCUCCACCAAGAAAGCGAUGGCAGUACUGCAGUCGACGCGUGCAGCGGCGGGAGACGCGACGCUGGCAACACCUGCACCUCUCUUCCUCCUCACAGUCUUCCUCGCCAAGCUUUAGAAGACAUCACACCAAGACGUGCAAAUGCUGCAGCAACAGCAGCAGCGUGUUGUGUUGCAGCAGCAGCAGCGUGUUGUGUUGCAGCAGCAAGUGCGGUCUGUAGAAAAAAACAACUCCUCCUUCACUUACAGGUUGUGGAUAACAUCUGGUGGACACCGAGCCUGGGCGUCGAGCGUGGUGCAGACGCCUGGUGCUUACGGGGUAGUUAAGAGGCAAAACAAAAUUUAACGAUGUUAGAGGAAGUUAUAAUGUGUUUACUCACCUAGUUGUGCUUACGGGGGUUGAGAUUUGGCUCUUUAGUCCCGCCUCUCAACUGUCAAUC